AUGACAGCUGGAACCCCUGCAGCCUUGCUCCGGCUGGAAAAUCCCAUCCGGAGCUUAACAAAUGCCUUCUGGCUGUGGAAAGCACUUUUGUUUAUUGUUGUUACUGCCUGUCCUGGGCCAGGUUAUGAUACAUCUACGACUUUAAUUCCCUAUGAGGGCGCGGAUAUCUCUACAUCACUUCCAUGGCCAUUGAAGCUGGCGCGAUGGGAUGCGGUCUAUUUUCUUCAUAUUGCCGAAAAUGGAUAUGUUUUUGAACAGGAAUGGGCCUUUAGUUAUCCAAGGGUGCUUGGUUUCUUUGCUUCUGGCAUUCGUAAGUCUGGUGGACAAGGGGGACCGGUUCCAAUAGCUUUGAUUGGAGUGGUUUUGUCCCACGUCACCCAUUAUUUGUCCGUUCUGGCACUAUAUCGACUUUCAGCCAACAUCUUCGGCCACACAACUGUCACACAGAGAUUGAUUUGUUUUUUGUCAUCUGCUCUUCAUAUCAUCUGCCCGGCAGGUGCUUUUCUUUCGGCCCCCUAUGGAGAGUCACUUUUCUCCUUUCUUAAUAUAUCAGGGUUCUACCUGUACUCGUCGUCUCUGAUUUCAGAGCGCAAUGAUGCCUCAACCCUGCGAGACCUGCAGGUUCUUCUUUCUGGAGGGCUGUUUGGAAUUGCGACGUUAGUCCGCAGUAAUGGUAUACUGAGUGGGGUGCUCUUCGCAUAUGAUGCCAUUCUUCUAGCAUGGGAUAUCUUAACGCAAGGUCUGUCCCAUCACAAGAUCCGCCGACUUGUCAUUAUCGGAUUGGGUGGUAUCUGUGUGGCACUGGGAAUGAUCGUGCCUCAAAUUCAGGCUUACCACACAUACUGCAUGGGCGAACUGGAUCGCCCCUGGUGUGGUUGGACGAUGCCCAGUAUAUAUACCUGGGUUCAAGGACACUACUGCCCGGGCUCCAUGCUUUGUCGCCUUGCUGUGACUCAGGGUUUACUUGCCGUGUUGGCGCUAACAAGCUAUCACAUUCAGAUCGUUAAUCGAAUCUGUUCAGGAUACCCGUUAUGGUAUUGGUAUCUGGUAUCUAUUGGUCUAGAAGGUUUACAGGAUCCUCGCAAGAACCACCGGAGCUUGGCGCUUGCUGCGCAAGCCAUGGCGGCCUAUGCACUGAUCCAAGGGGUUCUUUACGGUUCCUUCUUACCCCCAGCGUAA